AAUAUGACAUGGGACGUUACUCGUAUAAUGGUUGUAAACUUGUAGCCUUGUAGGUUACAUUUGUUGGGUUGGACGAGCUUGCUUGACCUAGUUUUUGUGACCGCUCGUUACAAACAAGGUUAUGAUGGGCCAUUGAUGAAGUUCCCGCGCAAACUGGAUUGGCGCCAUUGGAGCUUCUCCUCUCAAAUUCAAGGUUUAAACACCAACUAUUCUUCGCUUCGUCUUCACUUCUCCCAAAACGCUACAUCUCUCUCUCUCUCUCUCUCUCCAUCUUAGCUGAAAGUCUACCACUAUCGACAUUUUCAACAGGAAUACUCUACUCGUUUCAAACAACUAAUAUCCGAUCAAUUUUGGUUUUUGUCUGGGUGGGGAGCUAAAUUUUAGAGAACACGGCAUCUACAGGAACACAAUCAAGAAAAAUUCAUGGACCUAAGAGGUUGUAGUCAGUUACACUUUAUUGCAGUAAUUAGAGGUGGCAAAGUAAUCAGAAUUCCAAAUAUUGGUCAAGGAAAGAAAACACCCAAGUACUUGAGCAUUGAGCAAAUUUACUCCUCUUAUGAGUCAAACUGUCAAGAUUCAGUUGCAAAAUAUCCUCUAAAAGUCAACAGGUCUCUCUGUAAGGCUUAUGAUUUUGGUGAAGUAAAGACUGAGGUUAAGACUGAAUAUGCUGAAGAGGAGAAUGAAAUUGACUUUGGAGCCGUGACAUUGAAACAGCUUAAAGACAUCUGCAAAUCCCAUAAAAGAAAAUCUCCAAGUUCUGUUAAUUUGGCUACUGUUAAACAAGAAAACAGUCAGUUCCAUUGUGAUAUGGAUGAACUUGACUUGAAGGAAACUCUGGGUAGUUUGAAGCAGAAGUUGACCAAGAAAAUAAAAUCUCAGAAGAAAGGCAUUUCCAAAAACAGUGCUGUUCCCUCUACAUCUAGCAAUUUGAGCUGUAGAUUAAAGGACAAGCCGGCUAAUUUGAAUUUACUUCAAAUCUAUGAGCCUCUGAGUAUUAAGGUUGAAGAUGCUGAAUAUGAUUACUCACAGCCACAAUUCAGAAGAAGCUCAAUUGUUAGUGAUGAGCAUCAAUCUCACCAUGAGCAUUUAGAGAUGCCUGUUUUGGUAGAAAAUUCAGACUUUGCUUUUAGUCAAGCUUCACAUGAACAACUUGAUUGUCAGAAUCCACUUACUUAUGGAAAUCUGAAAACUGAUGAGAUUAUAAAGGUAGAUAGUUCAGUUACUUCAGUAGUCAAAGGUGAACAGACUUUCAUAUUUAGUGGUUCUGAGGUCAAACGAGAAGGCCGGACUGAUCUUUGGCCUUGUGACAAGCCCUCAAAUGCAGUAUUAUGUGAAGGUAACAUCUCUGAUAUUCAAAAUGGUUAUCCCCUCUAUUCAUGUGCAGUUCAACCUCCACCACCUAAUGUAAAAUCAAUCUGUAUUCUUAAUCAAGUUUCUUGCGAACACCUUGAUAAUGCUGAGCUUCAGAAUCCAGUUACUUCUGAUGAUCCAAAAACUGUUGAGAUUAUAAAUAGUUUGGCAGUUGAAGGUGAAGCUUUGGUCUCUAGUUGCUCUAAGGUCAAUAGAGGAGAAGACAUGACUGAUCUUACGGUAUGUGAUGAGCCUACUGAGACAGUUUUACUUGAAGAUGAUAGCUCUGAAUUUCAAAUAGAUGAUCCCCAAUAUUCAUGUUCACUUCAACCCCCACCACCUGAUGAAAAUACAUCGAAUGUGAAAGUCCCCUGCAUGGCUCUUAAUAGUCAUUGUAAUGAUGUUGAGUUCAGUUGGGCUGGCAAAGCAAUUGAGUCGAUGGAUAACAAUAGAGAUGAAGAAUUAGCAAGAAGAGAUGCCACAAACUACAAUUCAGUGAUUCAACUUGAUACUUGUUUGCUUGCGGUUGAUAGUAAGGUUUCUCGGGAUGUAUCUAUAUCUGCACUUGAAGAUAAACAAUUGCCGGUACUUGAUGUUACUAUGAGAGAGGUGAAGGAAAAUCCUACAGAUCAUGAGAGUAACUACAAAGAUGUUAAAUUGUUCGAAAAUGGAGAAGGUGAUAGGUUUAUGGAUGACACUACUGAAGCAAAGGCAACAAGAGGUACCAAGAAUUUUAGUGCAACAGAAGAUGAAAAAUAUUUUAUUUUGGACUACGGAUUGGAAUCCCCUCAUAGUGUCACUUCUGCUGUUGAAGAUAAUCAACCAUUAAUACAUGAUACCACUAUUGCCCAGCUAAGCUGCUCUCCUGAAAUUCAACCUUGCAAGGAUAUUGAUCCUAUAGUUCGACAGAUUGGAUCAGUAGAAAUCAAAGGGCUUAACAAUAACAAGCAAGAGCAGCAACCACCGGAAAGGCUCUUCUCAGGCAGAAAGACAAUUUCUCCAAAUUCUAAGGAAAGUCUAUGCAGGGCUAUAGCUUCAGCUGACAUGCAAGAUGAUACUCAAAAUCUUUCAUGUAGGGAGAAGCUUGACUUCGAGAAAAAUUGUAUGGAUACUUCACCUCCUAGAUCGAGUAUCAAGAAAGCUCGGAUUAGGUUUACAUCAAAACGGCUGGAGACUUCAAAUAUGAUUGAGAUGAAAGUCUGUGCUCCACAGACAUUAAAGAAAGAUAAAGACGAGAGAAAACUUGUUCUUAAAGGCAGUGCUCCUCCUGGGUAUCCUUACUCAGUACCAGCUGCCAGUACUUGUAGUUCUUCUAAAAGUUGCUCUCAAAAUGCCAUUAUAUUUGCAGAGCGGCAGAUGACAGAUAUUGAGCGCCUUGCGACAAAGAUCCUGUCGGAAUUGCAUUCAAUGAAAGAACUAGUUGUGGAUACGUUGCACUCUGAGUCCCGGACGUGUGCAGUAUCAAGAUAUAACACUGACAAGGCCAGAGUAGCUGUAGACAAUGUUAAAAAGAUUGAGGAAACAUCAAAGAGGUGGCUCGCAAUGAUGGCAAGGGAUUGCACUCGUUUCCGCAGAAUUAUGGAAUUAUCGGAAACAACCAAUGCUUCUCUUCAAAAAAGCAAUGAUGAUGAAGACUAUCCAAUCUUGGAGACAAAACAGGACGAACAAGAACCUUUUCCUCCAAGAAGUACGGUUCACAAGGAAAGAAAGAUUGUUUUUGCCGAUGAAGCUGGAGAAAACUUGUGUCAUGUUAGAAUUUUGUCAGCAGAGCUUGAAUCCUAAAGCUAAUUCUGUAGUUAAAAUUUUCAUUUGUAAGCAUAGGAAUUAGGAAUUAGUAUGCAUAGUUGCAUGUUUACAAAAGUAUGAUAUAUUGUAGCAGCCUAAAUGAAUAUUAGAUGCUAUUUGUAAAGUUGUUUUCACUGAUUUUAUCAGUGCUGUUACUAGUGUAAUCAAUUGAUCAUGAAGGUUAUAGCAGACAAAGCAACAAUGGCACGACCUUUAUCUCAACAUAUAUGAAAUCCGCUACAUAUAAUAAAAAAA